GUGUUUACAUUAUUUUCCCUCAACUACACAACGUGUGAUUAAAUAUAGGUUUCGCCGACUUCAGCUGGAGUUUACACUUAUAGUUUAACGUUUAUGACAUAAAAGUGUUAUAUUAGACUUUUAUAAGUAAUCUGGUGCCGACUAAUUUUUAAACAUGGUCAAACUGACAACAGAACUGAUCAUGAACUCGUACCAGUUCAUAAAUCCUGUCAAGGAUAGAGAAUUGGACUUACGGGGUUACAAAAUACCGUUGAUUGAAAACAUGGGAGCUACGCUUGAUCAGUUUGAUACUAUUGACUUUUCAGACAACGACAUCAGGAAAAUUGAUGGUUUUGCAUACCUCAAAAGAUUGAAAAAUUUAAUAUUCAAUAACAAUUCGAUUGUUCGAAUUACUGAUAAUUUAGAGCAAUGUUUGCCAAAUCUAGAAUCUCUGAUACUUACUGGUAAUCAGAUUCAAGAACUAGGAGAUUUAGAUCCACUGGCUACGUUGCCCAAAUUAAGGAUGUUAAGUUUGUUACAUAAUCCAGUCACGUCAAAAGAGCACUAUAGGCUUUAUGUAGCGCACAAAAUACCUCAAGUGCGAAUUUUGGAUUUUAGGAAAGUCAAAUUAAAGGAGUAUGAAGCAGCAAAAUUGUUGUUCAAAGGAAAAGAAGGGAAAGAACUUAAAAAGAAAUUGGUCAAAAAAUCCAAUCAAUUUGUUCCAGGCGAAGGUCUUGAAGGCAGGAAAACAAAUGGUCAUUCUCAAGAAGAUAUGUGGAGGAUUAGGAAAGCAAUUGCAGAAGCAACAUCGUUGGAAGAAGUUGAACAUUUAACAAAGUUAUUACAAGCCGGACAAAUUCCUAACAAAGAACAGAAAAAUAAAUCCAACAAACAAAACGGAGGAGAAGAAAAUAUUGAAGAAUUUGAUGACGAUGACGACGACGUUGCCGCACCUACAUCCAUGGAACAUUAAAAGUUCUACGGUUGCUGAUCUAAAGGCGUUUUAGCCUAGUGAUAAUUCAAAUAAUUAACUAUAUAUAUUUUAAAUGAACAUCAAAUUAUUAAAUGAUGAGAACAGAUACAAAUUAUUGUUGAUCUAUUUAUAUAUUUAAAUUGACUACCUCUAAAAAAUUUCAAUUAUUUCAAUAAUAAUAACAUCAACAUCAACUAAAGAGUCAUUUACUCUUGAAUGGUCUUCUUUUACUAUAUCGACAUUAUUAAUUUGUAAUUUUUACUAAAAUAAUAAAUGUAAAAUAUUAUAUUGGUCGAGAAGCUUUUGAUUAAAAUCGCCAUUAUUAUAAGUAUAGCGAUUUUAUAAGUAAUCCCAGUCAUAUACAGCUGGGUCGCAUGAAUGUAAGUAAAUUUUUUAAUGAACGAAUCAUUAAAUAUUCUUUUAACGUCGCUUAAAGGCUCUUAUUUAGUCUGGAUUAAUUAAAGGAACCAUUAAAUAUAUUAUAUUUUCGUGUGACCCAGCAAUAGUGUUUUCAUCAACAACUGUGACGAUUUAACUGUUUCAACCAAAGUCAAUAUGAUAAGUUUAAAACUUAUUAUAAACAUACAAAGAAUACUGGAAAAAAUAAAAAUGCCCAUUUGGAUUGAUUUUAUGUACUUAGUUAACUGUUUCAGAAAUCACUGGAUGAAUUAAAACAAAUCAUGGAUUACAAAUUAUAUACAGAAAAUAUUUUUGAUCAUCAGAUAUAAUUAUAACAUAGAUUAUUAAUACUUAAAUAUAUCAUGAGAAGAAUACAAAAUAAAUGAAAAUCACUCAUAAACAUUAUAUUUGUUUCUACUUUACAAAUUAAACACUUAUAAAGGAAACAUUUUAGAUACUCACAUUUUAUAUAUUUCCAAUUUAUUCAAACUAAUUUUUACAACAAAAAUGGUAACUUAAUUUAAAAAAAAAAAUAAUAACAAUCGACUAUAUAAAUUAAACAAGAACCCUUAAUAGUCAGUUUGAGUCGUAAAAAUUUUUUUAAGACAUACAAAAAAAAUUCAUAUUAACUGUUCACAAAAUAAUAGCUGUACGUAUAAAUAUAUGUUUAAAAAAAACCUACUUGUAACCAAUUGAUGUUCUACUCGAUUUGAACCGAUGGGAAGUAGAAUUAAGAAUAUAAGGCAAUAUGUGAGGAUGUGAAAGUAUUUCAGAUGCAUCUGGCCUGGCUGUUGGAUCACGAUUUAAAAGUUCAUAAACAAGUCUUACUAAAUCAAUAUCGUAAUACUUUCGUGUUGUCAUCGGGUUCAAAACGCCUUCGACGAUGCAAGAUACUAGCUCGGCUAAACUCUGAAAUAAUGAAAAAUAAAAUUAUUAUAUACUUAAAAUCCUGAAAAAUUUACAUACUUGUCCGUAAAAAGGAUGUUUCAUACUCAUUAAGUAAUACAAAACGCAGCCAAUCUGCCAAAUAUCACUUUUGAGUCUUAGAGGUUUCCCACAACAUUGUUCAGGGGACAUAUAGCAAGGUGUACAAUUAUUUCCACUAGUAACUUUUUCACUGACAAAACAAAAAAAAUCAAUUUAAUACUUAAGUUGAUUUCUUCUUAGUUUUUUCUCAUACUUACCCAGUUAAAAUGUGAGAAGCUCCAAAGUCACCAAGUUUAAUGACGGUACCUUGACUUCCUGUUAGCAAAAUGUUCAUUGGAUUUAUAUCUCUGUGUAUGAUUUUCAUUUUGUGAAUGUAAUUUACAGCCAUUGUAAGUUGGCUAAAUAUAUUUAGUACACACUGGAAAAAAAAUGUUAACACUUAAUUAGAGAUUUCAUAAUGGUGAAGGAGGCCAUUCCUAUUGAUGAUAAACUCUUAUGUGACGGUUAUAUUACUUGUCACAAAUAACAAGUAAAACUUACAUUUUGAACUAUAUGAUCCGACGUACGUGAACAUUUCAAAACAAAAUUUUCAAGAGUACCGUGCGUUGCGUAUUCCAUUACAAUAUGGAAGUUAUGUUCACUUUGGAAACUGUUAUAAUAUUUUAUGAUGUUAGGAUGAUCCAACAUUUCAAGAAUACGAGUUUCCUUAAUGGCUUCCUUAAAAAAAAUGUUUGCAAUUUUUUAUUAUUUUAUUGAAAAAAAUAAUAAAGAACUAAUAUACAAAAUUUAAUAAUUAUUUUACCUUUAAGUCGUCUGUUGACAUAGAUUUGAUUUGGAUGGUUUUCAUAACGACCAUUUUUUUCAAAUUGAAAUCCCUAACCAAUUCAACUACCCUACGAUUUAAAAAAAAAUAUUUAUAAGUAAUCUUAUGGAUUUCAAUAAUAAUUGAAUGUACAUAUUUUACUUACCCAAAAGCACCGCGCCCAAGGACACCGACUAUAUUAUACGAAUCCAUACCAAAUCUAAUAAGUAAAAACAAUGUAUUAGCUAGACUGGAGUUAGUCGAUUUAACUUUAUAUUAAUCACGCAAAAUGAUUAAUUGAAUCGAUUAUUGAACAGUUUUAAUGAUAUCGAUUUAUAGCAUGAGAAAACUUGAAAUUUGUAAUGAAAUGUCGUUAAAUAUAAGUAUGCGAUAAUCAACAAAUAUUGACAAUUUAAUAAUGACAACUUUUAAAAUUAACACGUUAUUUUAUCUGUUAUAUAAUAUGCCGUUAAUUAUGAUGAUGUAUAACUUGAAUCUAAAAUGUAAAUUGUAAAUAAUAAAUACUAGUAGAAUUGAUAAAAUACAAAAUAA